CAGGCGUCACAGCACCGACAAGAUGGCCGAGAGUACGGGACGAAAGUGAGGGUGGAAACAAAAACACUGGCGAGCUAUCCUUGCCGCAGAUGCCAGACCUGUAGAGCUGCUGCGGACAAGUUAGUGCAAAGAUAAAAAGCUGGGUAAUCGGUUUAUUCAAGACUACGUUGUGUGGGUGACAUAUGCGGUAUGCAGACAAUCGUGCUCCAAGCCAGCUCGCUGACAGAACGUUUGUCAGGCUGUCUGCGUUGGCUAGCUAGCUAGCGAGCUAACCAUGUUAGCUAGCUGACAACACCGUUAGCGAGAGAAAACGUUUUCAGAAAGUGACAGUUAGGUAAUUUUGAAAUAAAUAGUUGUUGCUACUUCGUUUUUUUGAGAAUUAAAAUUUGUUGCAGCGGCAUAACGUUAACUUCCCUGAGUGGGGAAUCUGAUUCAACGCACUAGUUAACGCUUAGCCAGCUGGUUAGCAAAGUAACAUUGCGGAUUUCUUGCUUGCAGCUUCAGGGUUAGCAUUAGCAAACGUCUGUUAGCUUGCUCAGCUGUUUUUGGAUGACUUGGGACACAGGAAAGGUAGCCUAUACCAGCCUGUGCGGAGGGACAUCUUUCUCUCUACAUAAAAGUACCUGUGAAGGUUCUCAGUAGGCCUGCGAAAUUAGGUGUCUUGGAGAAUUGCUAACAUUAACGGUAACGUUACCACAGCCAGGACUGUAAACAUAAGUCAAGCCGAGGAGAGCUCAGCCCUGCGUUUUUGGAGGCGCAAAUCCAGUCAGCAUCACCAUGGCCCAUUCUCCUGUUCAGGGUAACCUGCCGGGGAUGCAGAAUACCAAAGCUGACCCGGAGGAGCUGUUCACCAAGCUGGAGCGUAUUGGCAAGGGUUCGUUUGGCGAGGUGUUCAAAGGCAUCGACAAUCGCACCCAGAAAGUAGUGGCCAUCAAGACCAUAGACCUGGAGGAAGCAGAGGACGAGAUCGAAGACAUUCAGCAGGAGAUCACAGUGCUGAGCCAGUGCGACAGCCCCUUUGUCACCAAGUACUACGGCUCAUACCUGAAGGACACAAAGCUAUGGAUCAUUAUGGAGUAUUUAGGUGGAGGCUCAGCAUUAGAUUUGAUGGAGCCCGGAGCUCUGGAUGAGACCCAGAUCGCCACGAUCCUAAGAGAGAUCCUCAAGGGCCUGGAGUAUCUGCACUCUGAGAAGAAGAUCCACAGGGAUAUCAAAGCCGCCAACGUGCUGCUGUCCGAGCAAGGAGAGGUGAAGCUGGCAGAUUUUGGCGUGGCGGGACAGCUCACCGACACUCAGAUCAAACGCAACACCUUUGUUGGCACACCCUUCUGGAUGGCCCCCGAGGUCAUCAAACAGUCGGCUUAUGACUCAAAGGCUGAUAUCUGGUCUCUGGGCAUCACAGCCAUCGAGCUGGCGAAAGGCGAGCCGCCCCACUCGGAGCUCCACCCCAUGAAGGUUUUAUUCCUCAUCCCAAAGAACAACCCGCCCACGCUGGAGGGCAACUACAGCAAACCGCUCAAGGAGUUCAUCGAGGCCUGUCUAAACAAAGAGCCCAGUUUUAGGCCAACUGCCAAAGAGCUGUUGAAGCAUAAGCUGAUCGUCCGCCACGCGAAAAAGACCUCCUACCUGACUGAGCUGGUGGACAAGUACAAGAGGUGGAAGGCAGAGCAGUCUAGAACCGCAGAGUCCAGUUCGGAUGAGUCUGACUCAGAGCAGGAUGGCCAGGCGUCGGGCGGGAACAACUUUGGCAGUGAUGACUGGAUCUUCACCAUCCGGGAGAAGGACCCCAAGAAGCUGCAGAAUGGGGAGGGACAGUCGGGGACAACAGACCAGACUAAAGACAUUCCAAAGAGGCCUUAUUCACAGAGCCUGGCCACAGUCAUCUCUCCUGCAUUAGCUGAGCUAAAGGCGAGACAGGAGCAGGUGAACGGGAACCCCAUGGUCCUGGAUGAGCUGAGGGAGGCCAUCUUGCUGGCUGAGGAGGCCUACCCCGGCAUCUCCGAUUCCCUGGUGGCUCACAUGGUCCACAGGCUCCAGAGUUUCUCCACAAGCAGGACGUCCUCCUCCUCCUCCCCCUAACAAUUGGCUGUCUGCCCCAGCCCUGCUCUCCCAGGCCCCCCUCCGCCCCCCCCCCCCAACCCCACAGCCAGGCCAGAGGAUUAAAAGUCUGGGGCCAAGCCUUUCAGUACCAGCUGACCACGUUUGACCUC